AUGGCUCUUCCUCUGUGGACGGGGCUCCUGGAAGAGGUGGGGGUGGAGCCCCCCUCCGAGAUCCUCAGGAGGGGCCUCAAGCGCUACCACAGUAGCAAAUCUGUGGAUUUUCAUUGCUUGGACGUGGGCUAUGCGAGAUUGGCUCGCACUCUGUCUCUGGCAUGCCAUUGGCUGAUUCUCUCCCUCUCGCCCACUGCCAGCCCCAUCAGGGCCUUGCCGGAGACCUGGGAAGGAGGGAUUGGGGAGGGGGGCUGCCAUGGGAUUUGUGCCUCAACUGGGACGGGAUUGCUGACUUCCAGGGAGGAGACGCUGGUGAGACCCCCGUUCCGUGAAUAUACCUUUUCCUUGGAGGAGGUGUCCGUCUCUUUCACGGAGGCAGAGUGGGCCCUGCUGGAUCCGGGACAAAGAGCUCUGUACAGGGAAGUCAUGCUGGAGAACUAUGGGAACGUGGCCUGUGGACAGAGAUUAUGUAUGAGUGGCAGUCUUCAACGUCAUCAGAAGACCCACACAGGGGAGAAGCCUUUUGAAUGCUUAGAGUGUGGAAAGAGAUUCAGUCAGAGUGGCAAUCUUCUAACGCAUCAGAGAACCCACACAGGGGAGAAGCCUUUUGAAUGCUUGGAGUGUGGAAAGAGAUUCAGUCGGAGUGGCAGUCUUCAAUAUCAUCAGAGAACCCACACAGGGGAGAAGCCUUUUGAAUGCUCAGAGUGUGGAAAGAGAUUCAUGUGGAGUGGCAGUCUUCAAUAUCAUCAGAGAACCCACACAGGGCAGAAGCCUUUUGAAUGCUUGGAGUGUGGAAAGAGAUUUAGUGCAAGUGGCAGUCUUCAAUAUCAUCAGAAAACCCACACAGGAGAAAAGCCUUUUGAAUGCUCGGAGUGUGGAAAGAGAUUUAGUAAGAGUGGCAAUCUUCAAGAGCAUCAGAGAACCCACACAGUGGAGAAGCUUUUUGAAUGCUUGGAGUGUGGAAAGAGAUUCAGUCGGAGUGGCAAUCUUCUAACGCAUCAGAGAACCCACACAGGGGAGAAGCCUUUUGAAUGCUCGGAGUGUGGAAAGAGAUUCAGUCAGAGUGGCCAUCUUCAAUAUCAUCAGAGAACCCACACAGGGGAGAAGGCUUUUGAAUGCUCGGAGUGUGGAAAGAGAUUCAGUCGGAGUGGCAGUCUUCAAGAGCAUCAGAAGACCCACACAGGAGAGAAGCCUUUUGAAUGCUUGGAGUGUGGAAAGAGAUUUCUUAAGAGUGGCGAUCUUCUAACGCAUCAGAGAACCCACACAGGGGAAAAGCCUUUUGAAUGCUUAGUGUGUGGGAAGAGAUUCAGUCAGAGUAGCAGUCUUCAAUAUCAUCAGAGAACCCACACAGGGGAGAAGCCUUUUGAAUGCUCGGAGUGUGGAAAGAGAUUCAGUCUGAGUGGCAAUCUUCAAGAGCAUCAGAGGACCCACACAGGAGAGAAGCUUUUUGAAUGCUCGGAGUGUGGAAAGAGAUUCAGUCGGAGUGGCAGUCUUCAAGAGCAUCAGAGAACCCACACAGGGGAGAAGCCUUUUGAAUGCUCAGAGUGUGGAAAGAGAUUCAUGUGGAGUGGCAAUCUUCUAAGGCAUCAGAGAACCCACACAGGGGAGAAGCCUUUUGAAUGCUCGGAGUGUGGAAAGAGAUUCAUGUGGAGUGACAGUCUACAAAAGCAUCAGAGAACCCACACAGAAGAGAAGCCUUUUGAAUGCUCAGAGUGUGGAAAGAGAUUCAGUCAGAGUGGUCAUCUUCAAUAUCAUCAGAGAACCCACACAGGGGAGAAGCCUUUUGAAUGUUCGGAGUGUGGAAAGAGAUUCAGUCAGAGUGGCAAUCUUCAAUAUCAUCAGAGAACCCACACAGGGGAGAAGCCUUUUGAAUGCUCGGAGUGUGGAAAGAGAUUCAUGUGGAGUGACAGUCUACAAAAGCAUCAGAGAACCCACACAGAAGAGAAGCCUUUUGAAUGCUCAGAGUGUGGAAAGAGAUUCAGUCAGAGUGGUCAUCUUCAAUAUCAUCAGAGAACCCACACAGGGGAGAAGCCUUUUGAAUGUUCGGAGUGUGGAAAGAGAUUCAGUCGGAGUGGCAGUCUUCAAGAGCAUCAGAGAACCCACACAGGAGAGAAGCCUUUUGAAUGCUCAGUCUGUGGAAAGAGAUUCAGUCAGAGUGGCCAUCUUCAGUAUCAUCUGAAGACCCACACAGGGGGGAAGACUUUUGAAUGCUCAGAGUGUGGAAAGAGAUUUAGUACGAGUGGCAGUCAUCAAUAUCAUCAGAAAAUCCACACAGGGGAGAAACCUUUUGAAUGUUCAGAGUGUGGAAAGGGAUUCAGUCAGAGUGGCAGUCUUCAAAUGCAUCAAAGAACCCACACAGGAGAGAAGCCUUUUGAAUGCUCAGAGUGUGGAAAGAGAUUUAGUACGAACGGCAGUCUUCAAAAUCAUCAGAGAAUGCACACAGGGGAGAAGCCUUUUGAAUGCUUGGAGUGUGGGAAGAGAUUUAGUAUGAGUGGCGAUCUUCUAACGCAUCAGAGAACCCACACAGGGGAGAAGCCUUUUGAAUGCUCAGAGUGUGGAAAGAGAUUUAGUACGAGUGGCAGUCUUCAAAGGCAUCAGAGAACCCACACAGGGGAAAAGCCUUUUGAAUGCUUAGUGUGUGGAAAGAGAUUCAGUCAGAGUGGCCAUCUUCAAUAUCAUCAGAGAACCCACACAGGGGAGAAGCCUUUUGAAUGCUCAGAGUGUGGAAAGAGAUUCAGUCGGAGUGGCAGUCUUCAACAGCAUCAGAGAACCCACACAGGGGAGAAGCCUUUUGAAUGUUCAGAGUCUGGAAAGACAUUCAGUCAGAUGGCCAUCUUCAACAGCAUCAGAAAAUGCACACAGGGGAGAAACCUUUUGAAUGCUCGGAGUGUGGAAAAAGAUUCAGUCAGAGUGGCAAUCUUCAACGUCAUCAGAGAACCCACACAGGGGAGAAACCUUUUGAAUGCUCAGAGUGUGGAAAGAGAUUCAGCCGGAGUGGCAUUCUUCAUCGUCAUCAGGGAACCCACACAGGGGUAA